UCAAUUUUGUGUCAAUAAUAGACAUGACACAUUUUAAAAAUUUUUCUAUAAGAACAAUAGUGUAAAUAAUGUUUUCUCUUAAAUAUCUUAGUUCAUUAGGUAGUAGAAAAGUUAAUUUAAUUAUUUAUCCUAAAAUUCAAUGGAAACGUGUAUCUUCUAUUUCAAAAAUACAAUCACAAAAAUCAAAAACUUAUGAGGAAAGUCAAAAUAAUUUUUUAGGUUAUUCUUUACUGAUUAUUCCUGCUCUUACUUUUUAUCUUGGUACAUGGCAAAUUAAGAGACGCAAAUGGAAAUUAGGCUUAUUAGACGAAAUAAAAAAUAAAUUUAACUUAGAGCCAAGAGAAUUGCCUACUGAUUUAGGUGAUUUAGAAAAUUUGGACUAUGUUCCAAUCAAAGUGAAGGGAACAUACCUUCACGAUAAAGAAUUAAUAAUUGGUCCCAGAAGCCUUAUUUCCGACAAUUUUGGACAAAGUGAAAGAAACAAAUCUCUAAUUUCGACUUCUUCUCAAAGAGGGUUCCUCGUAAUAACUCCAUUCAAGCUAGAAAAUAGAGAUUUAACUAUUUUGAUAAACCGUGGAUGGGUACCAGAACAAUAUAAAAGUCCUUCAAAGAGGCCAUCGAGUCAGAUUAAAGGCGUGCAAGAAGUUACUGGUAUUUUACGAUUGUCUGAAAAGAAGCCAACAUUCGUACCUGAAAAUAAACUUAGCGAUAAUAUGUUGUACUAUAGAAAUGUUGAAGAAAUAGCUGAUUUCUUAAACGCAGCUCCCGUUUAUUUGGACUUAAAAUUUGAUAAUAAAAAAUCGAACAGUGUUAUUAUUAGUGGACAAACAAGAAUAUCCUUAAGAAAUGAACACAUGUCUUACGCAAUAACCUGGUACAGUUUAUCUUUAACUACUGGAUACCUUUGGUACAGAUUAUUCUUAAAAAAAUUGCCUUUACAUUAAUAUAAAAAAUAAAACUUAUAGUUGUGACGAAGAAGAAAGGUACAUAAGAAGCAAAAAUGUUAAAUGUUGCAAUACUUGGAAGAAAAGUCGAAGAAGUCAUAAUAUCCGAGGCCUGUAAUUACUAGAAACUGAUUUUAGUUUAAUAUAAUUAUUCAAAAACUUUUAAUUGAGGUAAAAAUAAUACAAACAUAACCUUAAAAUGAUUUGCUUCUUAUAGGUACCUUUCUUCAGAGCAAGACACAUUUAUUUUUUGGAAGCAGCACAACAUAUUGCUACUGGUCAAGGGGGUCGCUACAGAAUGUUAAACGAAACUAAUCAAAAAUAUGCCAACAUAGCGCCUGACGUUGUGAAUACUUUUUUUUAAAUGCGAAAUA